CUUUAAAUUGAUGAAAUGGGAUGAGGUGGGAUGAGGAUCCAAAAGUGACUAUCGAUUGCACUUUCCCGAAUCUCUCUUUCGCCGGCCCUUUCUUUGCAUAUGCUCGAUCUCGAGUCGUAGCUCCUGCUACUUCUCCACCGAUUAGUGAAUUGCUGCUAACAGAUUUUACUCGUCGCGAGAUCCGGCUCGAGAUUACUGCUGAUCAGCUGUCGCGGUGGAAGUUUGAUGCCGGAUUUGGUGCUCCGCCUGCUGUUUCCGUUCUUCCCUGACUUACUUUGCCGGAAAGAUUGGAUUUUUUUUUUUUGACCCAAAUUGGUAGAUGGAUUGUCGUGGUUGUCCAACACUGAUUUAGGAUUUCUUUGAAGAGUCUGUGUGACUAUCGACUCUCGUUUGCAGUUUUUGUUGAAGAUCGUGUUCUUUUCAGCGGGUUAAUUAGGCUUUUUCCCGGUUGAGUCGAGUUUCCAGAUCGGAGGAAUCGAGUGGUAUGAAAGGGGCGAAGGAGGAGGAUAAGACCAUGGGGCCUCUUUUCCCGAGGCUCCACGUGAAUGACACCGAUCGAGGGGGGCCGAGGGCGCCUCCGAGGAACAAGAUGGCGUUGUACGAGCAGCUCAGCGUCCCUUCGCAGAGGUUCAACUCGACCUCCUCUGCCAUGCCAUUUCUUCCUCGUAGCUCCAACAAUUUGGUUCCUUCGUUUUCGUCGAGUCAGGGAUGCGGUCAGCAGAGGAAGAUAUUUUCCCCUUUUUGUAUCAACCGUCAAGUGUCUGUUCGUUCAGCAGAAAUCUCUAGAACUACUGAUGGUAUGAAUCCAAUCACGAGAAGGAUAGAAUUAGAGAGAAAACCCACAAAGCAAGUUAGUUCUGGAAAUUUGUUUGGAGCAAGAUCAGCUGCUGAAUGUAGCUUACAGAGACAAGACAACCCUAGUGCUAUAAAUUCUAGUAAGAAUGUUUUGGAUGAUGCAGAUGAGAUAGUGGUUCCUUCCUUUGAUCAGUCAGAAAUGGUUGCAUCCAUGCAAAAGGAUACAUAUAUGACAAAUGCAGCAAAGUUAACUACCUUCAUUUCACCAAAAAUGCAGAAGAGUCUUACUGCUGUUCAUUCUUUAUUUGAACGCCCAAAUUCAGAUGUGCAAUCCUUAGAAGAAACAGAUAUUGCAAAAACUAGAUUACAAAAUUCCAAUAGAACUCGUAUUGAAGAUCUUAAAGAAAUUUCAGAUAUUGAUAAGAUCAAGGAAAUCAAAGAAAAGUCUCUGUCCAACAAUAUUGCUAAACGGCCAAGCUGUUCAAAAGAUUUAGUUGAGACUGAUACAAAUAAUUUUCAUUUAACUAAGUCAGCAAAUGGAGAAACAGUGGCAUGCCAAGAAAACGGUGAUCCUAGUGGUUUUAAUACGUCAAAUGACAUUCCUAUUUCUGAUGUUAGGAAAUCUCUGAAGGCCAAAACUGUGCUAUAUUCCAAGCUGUCAUCUAGAAGUCCAAAAAAUACAACCUUGUCGGACUUCUAUAAGGAGGAAAAUGCAAAGAGAAAUGGGUCAUUUGAAUUUGGUGAUGUGGAGAGGAAAGAUGAUGCAUAUGAGCCCUCAACGGCUGGGACAGUAUCAAGCUUAGAAAUAUCCCCGGAUGAUAUUGUUGGAGUAAUUGGUACCAAACACUUUUGGAAGGCCCGAAGAGCUAUUAUCAAUCAGCAAAGGGUUUUUGGAAUGCAAGUGUUUGAGCUUCACAGGUUGAUAAAGGUCCAGAAGUUGAUGGCUGCAUCACCUCAUUUACUUAUUGAAGGACAUACUUAUUUAAACAAACCUUCAGGAAAGAUUCCAAAUAAUGCCACAUUACCUCAGUGCAACACUAACUCUCAGCUAGUGGAAUUAAAGAGACAAGAUGAUUUUCAUAAGACAAAACAUAAUUUGGAGAAGCCAAUAAAAGAUGUUGUUGCUGGAGUCCCAGCUCUCCCUGCAUGCGAGGAUGGAUCCAAAAUGACUACACAAGUUCAACUUCGAGUCCCAAAAGUUGGGGAAAACUCUGCCAUCCCUUCAACAGUGCCAAUGGCACCUGAUGACAAGCAAAGUCCUUGGUGUUUUCCUCCCUUGGCAAAUCAAUGGUUAGUUCCAGUUAUGUCACCAUCAGAGGGACUUGUUUACAAACCGUAUUCUGGACAUUGUCCACCACCUGGUGCCUUCAUGGCUCCUCUUUAUGGAGGCUGCACUCCUCUUGGAGUAUCUCCCCUCCCUGGGGACUUUGUGAACCCAGCCUAUGGUAUUCCAGCUUCUCAUCAGCCACCAAACAUGGGUUUGUCUGGUCCACCUGCAAUUCCACCCCACUAUUACUCUAUGCCUUAUGGCCUCCGACCUUCGAACCAAAUCAUGUCAAUUUCUGCUGUUGAACAGGUCAGUAAUCUAGCUGGUUCCCAAGCCAAUGGGCAAACUCUUCAGCACUCCAGGGGCUCUUGCAACAUGUUCCAUCCUCCACGGAAUGAAGCAUUUUCUGGCAAUCUUAGAAAGUUUCAGGUAUCAAAGAACAGCGAAUUGCAAGGAAGUACAGCAAGCAGUCCCACGGAAGCACUUCCAGAUGGAAGAUUGCAAAUCCCUCUUCCUGCAUCUCCAGUAGCAAACAGCCUUAAUUGCCCAUCACAGUCCAGUGGAAGGGAUAGCCAAACUCGGGUCAUUAAGGUUGUGCCUCACAAUGCUAGGUCUGCCACAGAGUCCGCUGCAAGGAUUUUCCAAUCGAUACAGCAAGAGAGGCAGCUCCAUGACUCUUGAUUAAUAUACUUGCUGAACCGAGUUCAAUUCUUCAUGAGCGUGUCUGUUAACUUGCUAAUAUUUUUCUCCUACCACCUAGUUAUGCCCUUGAUCUUUUUAUUAGCAAUAUGAUAUAGAAACUUCCAAAGUUAUGCAUGAAUAUAACAUCUGUAAUGUAAUGCUCAUUAGCUUUUAUCUCAUAGGUAUUAUAGUUGCAGAAUUGCUUGUACAUGUAAGAAAGUACAAUAUUCUGAUAUAUUUGUCUCAAUAAUUAUGCUGUCAAA